AUGAAGACUCUCUUCAAGAAUGCCACCAUUAUCCCGGGUUUCAAUCCUCCCCCCCCAGAAAGCCCCACAUGUAUGAUUAUCGAGGAUGACAGCAUCGUUUUCGUGCGCACCGAGUCCAAUCUCCCGAUUGAAUUAUUUGACCGUGAGAUUGUUUUGGCUGGCAAGAAAGUCCUCCCUGGCUUCAUCGAUGGGUCAGGCGCAGGCUCCUGUUGCGCCGCAACUGCCCCCAGCUUAGACCCAGACCUGCAGACACAUGCAUCUACUACUAUUCGGCGCCUCCUUGUCCAAAACCGGGAGCGGUUGCUGGAUGCUGUGGUUGGGGAGACGUGGCUUGGGGGGCAGAGGGUUCAUUAG